GUGAGCGGGUCGCAGCCGAUACACACGUGGAAAAGAGACAACGCUCGUUGCGUUCAACACAACACAACAAACGUCCAAAUGCCUAUGCUUGAGAACAACCACAACAACGUCGACAUGAAUGAAGACGACGCAAACACCUUCCUGUUCACCUCUGAAUCUGUUGGUGAAGGACACCCUGAUAAGAUAUGUGACCAAGUCAGCGAUGCUGUACUGGAUGCCCACUUGGCCGGUGAUCCCAUGGCCAAGGUAGCCUGUGAAACGGCCACCAAAACGGGAAUGAUCAUGAUUUUGGGAGAGAUCUCAUCGAAUGCCGUUGUUGAUUACCAGAAAAUUGUCAGAGACACCGUCAAGCACAUUGGCUAUGACAGCUCUGAAAAAGGUUUCGACUCUGAGACGUGCAACGUGCUGGUAGCUAUCGAGCAACAGUCCAGAGAAAUCGCCGAAUCAGUUCACAUCAACAAAGCUGAGGAAGACAUUGGUGCCGGAGAUCAAGGUUUAAUGUUUGGCUAUGCCACGGACGAGACAGAAGAGCUAAUGCCCCUGACUGUUGUACUCGCACAUGGGUUGACGAGAAAGAUGGCUGAACUCAGAAAAAACAAAACUCUACCCUUCUUGAGGCCCGACAGUAAAUCACAGGUCACCGUUGAAUACAAGACAAUUAAGGGUCACCUAGAAGCCCUACGUGUACACACAGUGGUCAUCUCCACACAGCACGACCCCGACAUCUCCCAAGAGCAGCUACAGAAGGCGUUGAAAGACAAGGUCAUUGACUCCGUCAUUCCAGCCAAGUAUCUUGACGACAACACAGUGUAUCAUCUUAACCCAUCGGGAAGUUUUGUCAUUGGUGGUCCUAAGGGUGAUGCUGGUCUAACAGGGCGUAAGAUUAUUGUAGAUACGUACGGUGGGUGGGGUGCCCACGGUGGAGGUGCUUUCUCUGGCAAGGACGUCAGUAAGGUGGAUCGGUCCGCUGCCUACGCUGCUCGCUGGGUCGCCAAGUCACUGGUAGCCGCUAAGCUGUGUAAAAGGGUUCUUGUACAGGUUUCCUACGCAAUUGGUGUCUCGGAACCUCUUUCAAUCUUUGUGAGUUCAUACGGAACGUCUGACAAGUCGGAGAAGGAGCUACUUAAAAUCAUCAAUGACAAUUUUGAUCUGCGCCCUGGCGCCAUCAUCAAGGAGCUUGACCUUCGUCGCCCAAUCUACUUCAAGACGGCAUCCUACGGCCACUUCAAGGAAGGGUUCCCAUGGGAAGUGCCCAAGAAACUUGUCUUGUAAAUAAUCAACUUCUCUGAAGGAACUGGACACUGUUGGUUUCUCAACGAUUGGACAUGACAUGAAGAGUCUUUUUACUUUCUCCGAAUCUGAGAAACAAAACUAAAUAUAUAUCUUACAGUCAGCUUUUUAGACUUUCGGUGGAGAUUUGUGACGGUCACAAGAGCGGGACUAUUCAAGCAGCCUCAUCCCAUGUUAUUUGCUGUAUACGGAUCUAACUUGAGGACCUAAAACGUAUCUCUGCGGGACAUCUACAUGAACUGGAGACUUUACCCUUCUUGGCCGUUUUGUGAGUUUUAAUGUACCAGGAGCCCACGGGUGAUUCUGUUAGCUCGCACACAUGCCUCUGUUAUAUUAACUAGCAUUAAGGUCUCAAGAGGGGUAUUUUUGUUUUUUAAAUUGACCAAAGCAGAUCUGUACCCUAUCAAAGGGGAAUUAUUCUGUUGAGCGCAUAUCACCAAAAGCAAACAAUCGCUUAUCUAAUUAAGAAAUCCUCUAAUGUUACAUCAGGCAAAUCCUAAUUCAUGGACGUCUGAUUCUGUGAUAUUAAAGUUGGUGGCAGGAGUAAUUUAUAUUCAAGGCUAAAAUACUUAUUAACUGGAUGGAGAAAUGGACUCUGAAACAUGUACGGACAUUGGUUGUAAAAAAAAAACCACAGCUUCGGCGCUAAGUCUCGACUUUUCUAAAACUGGUGUCGAAAGUACGCAUUUGAGUUCUAUCCAAGCUGCAGUCGGUUUCACUUGCGCAACAACUAUGGAGCAACUUGCGCCAUAAACAUUGCACAAGUGGACUUACGCAGUUGCGUAAAGUUUUGUGAAAUCAGCUUAUGGUGUCCGAGUUGUGGUUUUUAAACUUACCUUUGGAAUUAUGUAAAUGAGGACAGUUUUGAUCAACUUGGUAGAAAACAAAAAGUAUCUGCACAAGGGUGUAAGGGACUUGUAAGUAAUUGUUAGAAACAUGUCUAACUGUAGGCAAAGUAUACCUUUGGUUUUUGGAACCAGUGUUUUAAUCCUAUAAAAAUGUAGAUAUAUACAAUAAACCUAACCCGUGAACAUUUCAUUUUAAAAGGAGUAUUUGGCCGAGAAUUGGGAUUGGAUAGUGAAAAGUACAUGCAGAAAAGAAUACUCCAUAAUUUGAAUAAACAAUCUGAGAAAUGUUUCAUGCAGAAACAUUUCGCGGAUUGAAAUGUUUUUGAAUCCCUUUUACUUAAACCACAUUCCUUUUAGAAGGAAAUUGUGCCUAAAAUGCUAUACACGAUCAGCAGCUGCAGUGCUUGUUACCAAGUUAGUUGUUACCAAGUUAGUUUCAUACGGUCUUUAGUAUCUUUGAGUAAUUACCAAAGGUACACCAUGCUGAUCCCUUUUGUCCAUUAAUUUUAGCGGACUGAACCAACUAGUGGGGUUUUUGUUUCCCACUUUUGGAAGAGUUACUUUCCAUAAAAGUGUGCACAAAGGUUGAAGUCUUGAAAAAAACGUGGUGGAAGGUUGUGUUAUUUUUAAUAGAAUCAAAAGAUUUUAGGCAAAUGUGAUUUGGAGGUGACAAUCAGAUUGGCAAUCGUGUAUGUUGGCAAUCUAGUUACACUAGUGGAUUGCUAAGGCAAUGAGUAGUAUUUCUAGUAUUUCAAUUGUUUAGAAGGAGUUGGUGACAGCAGAGGUUAGUCAUUGUUAGUUGUACAUUUUAGUGACGCAAGUGCCUUGGCCAUCCAACUGGUGUUGUGAUGUGUUGUGGAAUGUGUGUUUCAAAUCUUGGUUUAAAGCUUUCCUGGCUACAUGUGCCCUUGAGCAUCAUAAUUACUUCUCUGCACCCAGAAGUGGAUUUAGGUUUGAUAUUACUGUUGUAUUAAUCUGUCCGAACUCAUGACCAAAUAUGUGUUGUUUUGCCUUCUGUACCCUGUAAGUCAACUGCUGUUAAGGAUUAUGUUAAAGGAGAAGUCAAGUUUGAAAUCCACUUUAGGUAAAUGAAUAUCCCUGCACCACCCCAGGCCCAAGUAUGGGACUGGGCUAAACAAAUGUUACACUAUCGCAAAUCCCUUUAAGAGAAGAUGAGUGAUGCUACAUUGCUAAUUUUUUCUUCUAUACUGAAAACAGCUGAAUCCUUCUUCCCAUGUCAAUUGUUCAAAGCCUUUAUUUUCCAGCUGCCUAGUCUAACACGAAAGUAUGGUGGCGGGAUUUUUAUACAUUGUAAAACUGUACAAAUUUUGUCUUGAUGUAGUAAUGAAAUUAACAACAUUCCAAGUUAACAAUUGGAACCUCAUGAAAUUGUAUUGUGAAUAAAAUGCUUACAACAUCGAUGAAUAUGGUGGGAGAAUUAUCGCCUACGAUGUAAAAAAUAGUUUGUAGUGCCUCUUUCAGUAUUUGAUUAUUGCUUGGGUUUGAUUUCCUUUCAUUCUGUUUGACUUUGUGCCGUUCCAUAUGACAUUCCUAAUGUGCUGUGUUGAGAUCAGGGCCAAUAGCCCUGCUUAACGGUAAGGAAAUUUCCCUGCUUGCUAUAGCAGAAAAAUGUGCUGAAGCGCAAGUGUAUUUCACAGGUUGAAAAGAAAACUUGGCAGCCAGUGUGCACUCGUUAGCUUGUUCUUAUAGAUUUGCGUUGUUUAGUCAAUAUUUUCAUACAAUGAGUAUGCUUUCCAAGUGCCUACAGUCAGCAGCAAUGUGAAAUGGAAACACGUGCUGUAAGCACAAAAAGACGUUAAUCAGCAUUGUGAAAUUGGACCCAGUACACCCUGGCAGUAUUGAGUUCAUAAAUGAUGGCAGACUUGUACUCCAUGACCUUGUCUUGUGAAAUAAAGGUGUGCGAUUUUUCCUGAUUUUAGGAAAUAUUGAGGUUCAGUCUUAAAAUAAUAAAUUCUCUUUAAAAGAAAUUUCAGUUAAAAAACGAAUGUUACGAAUGUUGACCUAAAAAGCAAAUAAGUUAUGUUUGAGGAGUACUUACCGAUUGUUUUUGUGGCUACCAAAAUGCAAUGAUUUAACUUCACCGCUUUGUGGCU